AUGCAAAGAAAAAUCGAAAAUGGUUUUAAUGAACGUCAAACGAAAAAAAAUAAAUUUGAUGAUUCCGAAUUCCUCAAUCAAGGUGAGGAGAUGAAAGAGAAUGUACAAAUGGCAGCAACAGAAGAUAAUGACGAUGUUGAAAUGACGGAUUCUGAUGCAUAG